UGUUCAGAGGAGCGAAAUCUUUUUUUUGACUAUGUAUGUUUUAAAAAUGUAAAAAAUAAGUUGUGUAAGUCUGGUCUCGCCAGUUUUGCCAAAAUUGCAUAUGGUUGUUCAUUCUGUUAAAACGUGUGGUUGUCCCUUGUUUCGUGAAAGAACACUUUGAAAAUGGCAUCAGCCCGCCCGUCGCAAAAACGGAGAAAGGGAGAGAGAGGCUCGCACAAUGACAGCAUUGAGACGGGAAAACCGCGAGCGGGGCGCCGGGGCACUCACUCACCAAAAGCCCAAGCUGAUCUUUGAACCGUCUGAGCGCGCUUUAAUCUUUGCUGCAGCUGAUACCGUGUUCAGUGAAGGAUAUUUACGAUUGAUGAUAGCUUGUGUGGCAGACUUCUCAGCUUUCUUUUCACUAAUGAAUUCGACAGUUUUUAGUGGUUUAUUUACUCCUUGUUCAUGAAAAAUCUGGAUGCCCUAUUUGCAUGGCAUUAGUCUGCCUCCUGUUCCCUCGAGGCGUAACUGUAAACCCUUCCGUUACUUGGACGGUGGCAUUUGUCGGGACUUCAGUAUGACUGCUCUGCAAAGUGUGAUACUCUUGACUGUGAUAUCCAAUCAAUAUCUUGCGGAGGCAACUCCUCAAAGUUCUUUUCUUCAAGAUGUAUUGCGCUUUUACGGUGAGAAUGAAUCCUUGUCUACCGACAACCUGAAUAACUUCCUGCAAUUGAUCACGACCAGAAGACCACCGUCUAUAGACAAUGAGGACAACCCACUGAAAAACACCGAGUGCAUGUCUCCAGAGGAGUUACUGGUAUAUCAUGGUUUGGGAAACGUGUCCGAGUUGACCUUGUCUCAGCUGGAGGUGAUGUGUCCAGCCUUUCUCACCCAGGUGCUUCUCCCAGCGUGCCCAUAUGUCGGCCCUGGAGACACCAAACCUCCAGCGAGCCACGUGUGGGGUUAUGGGUUCCUUGCUGUGACGCUGAUAAACCUGGCUGCUCUCCUGGGGCUUUUCCUGGUGCCCUUCACAGACAAACCGUACUUUCCCAAAGUGCUCACCUACUUCAUUGGCCUGGCCAUAGGAACGCUCUUCUCGAACGCAGUUCUACAGCUCAUACCCGAGGCCCUUGGCUUUGAUCCAAAAACUGAUAAAUAUGUACUAAAAGCCAUUGGAAUAUUUGGGGGAUUCUACAUUCUCUUCUUCGUUGAGAGGGUCCUGAAAAUGGCUCUUGGACUAGACCAUGAGCAUGGGCACGCCCCUCCGCCACCCCAGCAGAACUCUGAGGAGAAGAGUGACAUCAUUACAGUCACCAGCUUUAGCCACAUCAGCCUGAACAACACGAACACUAUAAACCACAGUGUCACCAACAGUGUAGCCAACCUCAUCAAUAAUGACAUGACCAACGGGAACCCGGCCGCUGAGGGCGAACAGGAAGGAGUUGUUGCCUGUCAUUGGUUGCGUGGCGAGCGGAUCGCAAACAUAAAGACGGUGGCCUGGAUGAUCACACUGAGCGAUGCGGUGCAUAACUUCAUAGAUGGCCUGGCCAUCGGAGUGUCCUUCACUGUGUCCACCCUCACUGGGUUCAGCACCUCCAUCGCCAUUGUGUGUGAGGAGUUCCCCCAUGAGCUAGGUGAUUUUGUGAUACUGCUAAACUCAGGCAUGUCAGUGCCCCAGGCUGUGUUCUUCAACAUGCUCUCUGCCGCGUGCUGCUACCUAGGGCUGGUACUGGGCAUCAUACUGGGCAGUAACUUUGCCCCUAAUGCCAUCUUCGCUAUUGCUGGUGGCAUGUUCCUCUACAUUGCCCUGGCUGACAUGUUCCCUGAGAUGAACAACAUCAUGAAUGCCACUAAGAGGUCGUCGAUGGAGAAAGCCAUCUUCUUCCUUAUCCAGAAUGCUGGGCUGCUCACAGGAUUCAGCAUCAUUCUCCUCAUCACCAUAUUUGCUGGAGAAAUCACCCUGGGGUAGAGCGGUGGAAAAACUGUGAAAAAGGGAGGGAGAGAGAGAGAGAGAGAGAGAGAGAGAGAGAGAAUGGUAUAACUAGCGAGAGAGAGAAAGAGAGAGAGGUAUAACUGUAGAUUUAAGUUCAUUUUCUUCUGUAUUCUGCCAAAGAACAAAGGAUGGACACUGAGGUGUACUGAGCAGAGCAGCAGGAGUGCACACAUACAAACAGAAACACUAUUUUAUUUUUGCUUUUUUCAUCAACACUGGAAAGGGAUGUUUAUAUUCAAUUAUGUGCAAUAGUCCUACUUUAGAAUUUAUAGUAAAUUAUUUUUCCAACCA